AAUUGACAAGUCAUUAUUUAAUAAUUCGAUUAAAUUGUUGAGGUUUUUGUGAAUAAAUGAAAUGUUCGUUUAGAAUUAUUAAUUAAGAGCAUUAUUUAAUGAAAUAGUAACUUUAUUAUAGUAAACAGUAAAUCAUGGCAGAGUUGUUAUUAGAUCCGAAAAUACGUUUAUGGGUUUUUUUACCCAUUGUAAUUAUAACAUUUUUAGUUGGAAUUGUUAGACAUUAUGUAUCGAUUAUAUUAUCAUCACAGAAGAAGAUAGAAAUAAUUCAAGUUCAGGAUAGUCAAGUGAUGAUUCGAGCACGGUUACUGCGCGAGAACGGCAAGUAUUUGCCGAGGAAUUCCUUUGCGAUGCGACGGCAUUGGUUCAAUAAUGAGGACACUGGAUAUUUCAAAGUUCAAAAACGUGCAGCAGCUUCACAAAACCCCAUGACUGACCCAGGCAUGAUGACUGAUAUGUUGAAGGGUAAUGUUACAAAUGUACUACCAAUGAUUGUGAUUGGUGGUUGGAUUAAUUGGAUGUUCAGCGGAUUCUUAACUACUAAAGUACCAUUUCCACUUACCCUGCGCUUUAAGCCCAUGUUGCAACGUGGUGUUGAAUUAGCCUACCUUGAUGCAUCAUGGGUGUCAUCAGCUUCGUGGUACUUUUUAAAUGUUUUUGGUCUACGCACAAUUUAUACCCUUGUACUUGGAGAGAAUAAUGCUGCAGAUCAAUCCAAAGUGAUGCAAGAUCAGAUGUCAGGAGCAGCAAUGGCCAUGCCCCCCGAUCCAAAGGCAGCAUUCAAAGCCGAGUGGGAAGCGUUAGAGAUCACUGAGCACCGCUGGGCUCUUGCCACAGCAGAGGCUGACUUACUCGUUAUUGUAGACAAGGAUCAAUAACAAGAUCAAAAUCAAUUAUUUUGGUGAAAUGUUAAAUUGGUAAUUUAAGUAUAGGAAUGAAUUAAAGUUAAAUGUAAACUAAUUUGUUUCACUAUUUAUUGUAUGGUAGAAUUUUAAAGUGAAAAGGUCUAUGUUCGUUGAACUUGUCUUUGGUUGAGUGGUAUCAGCAUAAUAGUUCACUGUCACUAUUAAAAUAAAAAUUUAUAAAUA